CUGCUUUCUCUCUUUCCGGCUUUCUCUCUUUCUCUCUCUCCCAAGGCAAGGAACAACAUCAUCAACAACAACAGGGACCUUCCUUGCCUUCUUGGGUGUCCAUUCAACCCAGUUGCGUAAAGGCCAGUCAUUUUUUGCAUUUUUAUUUUUAAUGGAUUGAUUUUAUUUUUACCUUUCCAAAAGCCAGUCUCUUGCGAAGCCCAGGUGGAGGAGGAGGAGGAUGGACUGUGGCAGAAAGGAGAACUUGGGAAGCCUGGACCAUUGGCUCCUUUGGACAACCUAGGACCAGAAGUCUCUCCAGACAGGUCCAGCUCAACAGGGUGGCACACCCCCAUCACCCUUUCUCUCUCUCUCUCUUUUUUGGGUUACCUUUUUACCUUUUUGGCUCUGAUCGGGGAAAUCUGUGAGAUCUUCAAGAAGAAAGGGCAAGAGGUUUUUUUUGGGGGGGGGGUCUGGGUUACUCACCUGCUUCGAAAACCCACCUCCGCCAAGGAUCCAACGCCACCAUGGCUUUUGCUGGGCCCAGAGGGGACCUCUCCAAAAGUCUUCACCUGCUCUUGGCUUUACUUCUCUGCACAGUGGUUGAAUGCCGAGGAGGGAUUAUGGACAGCAUGCAGCGGUUUGCAAGCUUGCCAGUGUACCUCCCUGCAAGUUACAGCCUCUCCAAUGCUAAUGUGUCCUUCUUCCUAAAGGAAACCAACCAAGAUAUCAUGAGGAAUGCCAGCUUGCAAUCCCGAACAGAGCCUUUCCUUGUCUAUAGAACCAACAGCUUGCCGGGUUUAAAUGCUACUUACGGCCCAUUUACCGUGGAGCAAACUGUGCCUCCGAACCUCCUGCGGACAUCUGCUUUGUUCAGCUUUGCCGACCGAUUCACUUUUAAUUGGAAGUUACAGUCGCACAUCAUUGACAGCUCUGUAUAUUCCAACAGGCCCAAAGUCCAAGCUUUGUUCUACGUCGCUGGCAAAGACUGGGAAGACUAUGAUCCUUCUGAGAUCCUGCCCUGCGUGCGGAUGAUGGCCUUCCAGGAGGAUCGAGUAGCUGUCAGCAGCUGUCGGUUGAAAGGCCAGUUGGGGUUAUGCGUUGCAGAACUUGAGUUCUCGCCAAGCUGGUUCAACCCAGCUUUGGCCACCGCACUGCCACCAUCACCCCCAGAGUUUCAACAGAUGGCGGAUUCAUUGGAAGGGACCACCGUGGAGCUUUUCUAUUGGGUGUAUUCAGCGGAAGGGGAAUGUUCUUCAGAGGACCAAAACCCGGAAAGCUUUCUGCAUCCAAAAGGCCAAGAGGAAGCACAGCUGCCUUUGGUGUCAAUGGAGAGAAUUGGAAGUAUUAUUCUUUACCCAACGCAAGACAGGCUGAGGAAGUCUGUACUAAAUCUGGAUGACAACCUUGUGCUAUGUUUGCCACUCAGCCCUGUCAAGAAGGGGGACCUGGUCAUGUUUCACAUAUCCCUCACCAGUGGCUCUGUAGCAGAUCAGUUUACACUAAGAAUUAAGGCUGCUCCGGGUGUGAAGAUAAUAGACAUCCGAGUCAGUGAUCCAGAUCAAUGGGGAGUUCAACAAGAUGUAGACAAUGGAAGGACACAGACCACCGCCACCAUUGUAUGCGAACGCAUCGAUCCAAACACAGAGAGCAGGGUGAAUGCCUCCUCCUAUGAGAUCUUGCAGAUGGAUUUUGAAAUUGACAACAGCAGUGGGCUAGUUGGGGCCCAGCAAAUCACUUGGCAGGUGGAAUACCCUCGGGAUGAUGCUGUGAGCGAGCUUGUGGUUUCCGAGAUCUUUGUCAGCCAGGCAACGUUUGCUGGAAUUGUUCCGCUCGCAAUGGACACAGAAGUCCUUAACACAGCCAUUCUGACGGGAAAGCCAGUGUCCGUCCCAGUAAAAGUGGUUGCCGUUGAAGAGGACGGAUCAGUAAGCGAUGUGUCUGGAUCCACUGAAUGCAAGUCAGCUGAUGAAGAUGUCAUAAAGGUAUCUGACAACUGCAACGCCAUCUUUGUGAAUGGGAAGGAGAUGAAAAGCAAAGUGGACACCGUUGUGAACUUCACAUACCAACAUUUCACCACCCAGCUGGAAAUUACCGUAUGGGUUCCGCGGCUCCCUCUUCAAAUAGAGAUCUCAGACACAGAACUGAGCCAGAUCAAAGGCUGGAGGAUCCCUGUCACCUCCAACAAAAGGCCUACCCGUGACAGCGAUGAGGAAGAGGAUGACGAAAAGAAAGGCAGAGGUUGCACCCUCCAGUACCAGCAUGCCAUGGUGCGAGUCCUUACCCAGUUUGUUGCAGAAUCAUCUGACUUUGGAGGACAGCUGACCUACAUGCUCGGUUCUGAGUGGCAGUUUGAUAUCACAGAUCUUGUGGCUGAUUUCAUGAAAGUGGAGGAAUCCAAAGUAGCCAAGUUACAAGAAGGCCGUGUUUUGAUUGGUCGUGAGCAAGGGAUUACAACUGUUCAGGUCCUCUCUCCUCUCUCUGAUUCCAUUUUGGCUGAGAAGACAGUGAUCGUUCUGGAAGACCGAGUGACCAUCACAGACCUUGGGGUUCAGCUUGUGGCAGGCUUGUCCCUCUCGCUCCAGACAAGUAAAGGGAACAAGAGGGUGAUUGUCACAACAGCCUCAGCAUCAGAUAUUCUUCACUCGCCAAAACAGGAAGCUGUUGUCAGUGCUUGGGUUUUGUUCAGCGAUGGCACCGUGACACCCUUAGACAUCUAUGAUAUGAAAGAUUUCUCUCUCACCAUCACAUCACUGGAUGAAAUGGUGGUGUCCAUCCAUCAAAGCCAGGAGGACGACUGGCCGGUGGUUGUGGCCGAAGGGGAAGGUCAAGGGCCACUUAUUAAAAUAGAAAUGGUGAUCAGUGAGCCUUGCCAGAAGUCAAAGCGGAAGAGCAGCUUGGCUGUCGGAAAAGGAACUGUCAAAGUCAAGUUUGGCCAGAAAGAGUCAGACCACAAAGGGGACACGAAUGACGUUGAAGAUGCUGAUGUUGAUUUCAAAAGCCAAGGGGGGAAUACUUUAGAGAAGUCCUUGGAGCAAGAGAGGUCGGGGCAUGAUUGGCCAAAACAUGGAGUUUCCAUGACUCACGAAGAGGCUACCAACCAAAGCACAACGCCCGGACCUUCUGUUCAUCAGAAGAACCUUCAUGGAGAGGGUCAACUCCAAAACAGUCCAACGUCCUUUACAAGCUUCCCCAUACAGGUAGACAUUCCUGGGCGGAAUCAUCCAGGGGAUCUCAUUUUGGCUCCCAGAGGUCUAACAGACCUGGAGAUUGGCAUGUACGCACUACUGUGUGUCUUUUGCUUAGCCAUCUUGGUCUUCUUAAUUAACUGUGUGGCGUUUGCAUGGAAGUACAGGCACAAAAGGUUUGCUGUUAGUGAACAGGGCAACAUGCCACAUUCCCAUGACUGGGUAUGGCUUGGAAAUGAGUCGGAGCUCUUGGAGAACCCAGUGGACAUUUCACUCCCAUCAGAAGAGUGCACCACCAUGAUAGAUCGAGGGAUGCAUUUUGAGGAAAGCAAUUUUCUCCUCAAUGGGAGCUCUCAGAAGAACCUCCACAACAAGAUCCUUCGUUCGACCGACUACGCUUGUGAGAAAGAUCUCUCAAACGAACCUAUAAAUCCACCAGGGCCCAAGCGGAAAAGGGUAAAAUUCACCUCCUAUACCACAAUCUUGCCAGAGGACGGUGGUCCGUACACUAACUCCAUCCUUUUCGACAGUGACGAUAAUAUCAAAUGGGUGUGCCAAGAUAUGAACUUAGGUGAUUCCCAGGACUUUAGAGACUAUAUGGAAAGGCUGCAAGACAAUAUGUAAAAAAAAAAAAAAAAUGCAAAAGGAAAUUAUAUAUAAAGAGAAAAGGAAAAAAAACUUUCUUACGUUUGUAUUCACCUUUAUGCCUUCUGUUUUAUGGAUAAUCGAACAGACAAACCCAGCCAGCAAUAGAAGGAGGCACUCCAAUUCUUUUGGAGGUCCAGAAAUAAUAACUUCACAUCAUUGUGAUCAGGUGCGAGAAAAAUCUGGCUGUGUUAUCCUAUUUUUGUCAGAUACGAGGGGGUGCGCGCCUGUGGGCACCCUCCAAACAGCUGCUUAACAAUCAUGGAGGCAAUGGCACACAACCAGCUGUUUUUUCAUAUGCUGCCUGAUACUAGCGAAUACGGAUCCAGCUUCAGCUAGACUCACAGAAGAUGGUUUCGCCUGUCAUGUUAUGACAAGCCGUUACUUUGGGAAAAUGAACAAUGUUACAGGGUGGGGUGGGGGAAUGUUUUUUCCCUAGAAAACACUCUUUGUAAAAGCACAGUAGACAUUCCUUGCUUACAGCCAGAAUCUAAGCUCCUUUUAAAGGAUCGGAAUGAAUUGGCCUAAUGUAAUCUGUUUAUAGGAAAUGCAGGCAAAUGUGUCCCCUCCUUCUCCUCCUUCUCCUCCUCCUCUUCUUUUUAAAGAAAAACAGUAUUCAUCCCAGUGGUUAAUGUGUUUCACUGUAUCAUUUAUAUAGUGUUCUUGAUUUUGUUGGUAUAUUUGGUUCUUUCUCUUGAGAUUUUUCCCCCCACCCUGGUUGUGCCAAAGCAUAUUGCAAUAUAUUAUGAUUAGAGCUGCAAUGUUUUGUUGAUAAAUCAAAUAGAAACUUUACGGAUAAGGAAAAAAGUCCACCCCCCCC